CCAAGCAUCAUGUCUACCUUCGCUUUCCUCCUCCUCUGCGUCCAAGCUUGCUUGGUCCAGAAUGUCUACAGCCAGUGUCUUCGUGGAGGCAUCGCUGGACCUAUUGGGUGGGAAGCCGGUCUAGCUGGACCCGCUGGCUGCGGCUGGGGUCCCGGCCUUGCUGGUUUAGGCUGGGAAGGCGGUCUUGCUGGUCCUGCUGCUUUGGGUUGGGGUGCUGGUCUUGGUGCUCCAUUGGGAGCUGCCUACGGAGGUGCCGGUGUUGGUGAUGUAGCAGUCGCUGGAGAAAUGGGCGUCGCCGGUACCACCCUGGUUGCUGGUCAAGUGCCGAUUCUCGGUGCUGUUGAGUUCGGAGGUGCCGUGCCAGCUGCUGGAGCUGUCACCAUCACCGGUAGCUGCGGCGGCGGUUGCGGCUGCAACGGUGGUUACAUCUACUGAGAAAAACUUGUAAUUGAACAAC